AUGGACGCCCACGCCCAUCUGCUCGCCCUCGGCUGGGCAGGACCCGGUCACUCGCUCGAUUCAAAAUCGUACAAGCAAAAAGGCCAUCGAGGGCUUGCCUACGACCCAGCAAAAGUUGGCAAUAACGGCACUGGCCUCGUGAAACCACUCUCCAUCUCCCAACGGCAAGGAAGACUCGGGAUCGGGAAGAAAGCACAUGUGCCUCAGGCAGGCAACGAGUGGUGGUUGAAGGGAUUCGAGAGUGCGCUGGGAAAUAUCGGCAAGAGUGAGAGCGAAAGAAGCAGCGGGACAUCAACGCCACUCGCAAGAGAACAUGUUGGAAAACAUGGCGGCCUAUACAAUUUCUUCAUCAAGGGCCAGCAGAUGGAGGGGACGAUCGACAAAGUCGAAAUACCUGCGCGGUCGUCAAAGAAACGGAAGAGCGAUGUGCUGGGGGACGCCACGACAGAUGACACUUCCAAGACCCCCAAAGUGAAGGAGGACAAGGUCAACGCAGAGUUCGAACAAGCCGGCGCCUUCUUCGCCCUCCGUGACCAACACGAGAAGCGUCGGGGUGGUACACUUAGCGCAAGCCCUGUUGAAGAGUUUGAGCGAAUAAGCGAAUACCUCGAAGUGCGGGCGCAGAAUCCGAAGAAGAAGAAGAAGAAGCGGAAAUCAGAAAAGGCCGAGAUUGGAGCCAGCACGCCGCCUCGGACAGACCAAGCACGACGAGAGCAGCCCGAGGUUGUGGAGACGAAAGAGGAAAGACGAGAGCGCCGGCGCCGGCGGAUCGAGGAGAAGGAGCAAAAGCGCCAGCAAAUCGACCCGAAGACCGAGCCUGACGUAGAAGAUGCUGCUGCGAAGGCUGCACGAAAGGCGGAGCGCAAGCGCAGGAAAGCCGAGAAAGUCGCUAAGUCCUCGAAUUGA